AGCGGCAUAACGGAGGAGGAAGCAGAUGGCUAAUGUAUGCUGAAGCACCCGUAGUUGCUAUGAUCAAAGUAUGUGUUGAUAAAGACACUAUUCGUCUACAUGAUGUUAGAGAGAACGUUAUGUGAUCAUCUCCAGUCAGUGCAGCAUAAUCUAACUGACAGUACAUCCAGAACAGCGCUAACUGCACAUCAGCAAGAAAUGUGAAAAUUGCUAGCUUCUGUCGAUGUACGAUGCCAAUUGCUCACCAAAAACAAACUGGCUUCCACAAACCAAAUUGUGGUUGAUCGGUGAUCCAGCUCAGCAUGAAAGACAAGCAAGCUACAAUUCAAGACCUUGAAGACCUGCCACCUUUUCACUCAGCUGCAAGACAAGGACAUGCUGAAGAGCUCGCUCAGCUACUAGCCAUUCAUCCAGAUCUGAUUGAUUAUGGAGAUGCAAAAGGUUUUACCCCGCUCAUGCAUGCAGUAUUUUCAAAAAGUAUGAGUUGUGUUAGGAUCCUACUUCAAUUUGGUAGCAAACCAGAAAUAAUCGACAGCAAAGGUCGCACAGCCCUUCAUUUCUGUGCACGAAAAGGAUGGUCAGGAGGUGCUGAGAUGCUUAUAAAGCAUGGAGCCAACACUAAUACUGUAGAUGCAAAAGGAAGAAAUGCAUUACAUUUUGGAGCGUGCUCUUAUGAAGAAAGCUGCAUGGAACUUCUUCUUUCUCGCUCAGGAAAUGGAGCCAUUAAUAGAUUGGAUUGCGAGGGCAUGACUCCUUUGCAUUGGGCUUCCUUUCACAACGUUUGGGACAAUGUUGAUUUGCUGUUAAAAAGAGGUGUGGAUCCAACAAUCGUCGAUAAAGAAAACAAAACUGCUUUACAUUGGGCAGCUCAGAAUGGCUGUGCCCCCGUUUGUAAGGUUCUCUUGGGUUCGAAACACUGUAAAGGCUUCAUCAACAAAAAAACAAAUGAUGGAAAAACUGCCUUACACCUUGCCGCGAUUGGAGGGCAUUUAGGUGUGAUUUUUGAAUUGGCCCAAGGCAAUACGUUAGAUGCUGAUUUAGGAGAUGAAGAGAAAAGGACUGCUCUUCACUGGGCAUGCGCUGUAGGCAGUGAUCGUUGCGUGGCUGGACUUUUGCAGCUAGGUGUUAGGCACGACAUUCUAGACAAAUACGGAAUGACGGCCCUCAUUUAUGCAAAGAAGCUCAACCACCAUUUGUGCGUAUCGUUAUUAGAGAAAUUCGAUCCAAGGAGGCCCCAGGAUGUAUUAAUACCCAUGGAGAGCCUCAGUGACUUAAACGAAAACAUGGAAAAGGCAGCAGACCAAAAAUUAUCUUUGUCAAACCUUGAAAAUGACGUAUUCCAUCUGAUUCCAACUGCCGAAAAAGACCACUCGCAAAUUGAUGAAAUUGUACUGCUUCAUCAAGAAGCUCUGGCUGCCAAUCAAGAAAUCCAUUCUUUGGCCGAAGCAAUCGGCAAUGUCUUGAGCAAAAACGACAGGGAUUCCGAUUCAGAUUUCAUUUUGUCAGGGGAUGAAUCGAGCAACGCUGGUGACGUCACACUCAAUGUGCUAGACGCACAUCACGAAGCAGUGAUCAGCGAUGAAGAGUCUCGACGUCAGCCACAAAUGGCUAUAACUCCUCCUAACUCCUUUCUUCACUCACCCAUUGGAGUUCGUGGAAAUAAAAAGGAAAAGCGGAAAGACAUCCGACCCGCUCGAAAAAUUUCGAAACAGUCAAAUUCAUCAACGUACAAAUUAGCACCAAUCAAGACAAAAGUAUUCAACCAGCAAAACACGUUAAGAGUUGACGAAUCGCCGUCCUCACGGAAUGGAAGAAGAUCGUCCUCGCAACGGGAAAACGCAAGAAAGAUUUCCAUCAACUCAGAAACAUCGUCCGAGAAGAUGCCAAAAAGCCCAAACAAAAAUGAAAUGAAUGGUUUUAAUUGGGAAAGACCCACUGGGCUGCGAAGGAAAAGUCUGUCAAUGAACGAAGGGCUAGUUCAAUAUGCAAUGAGAGCACCACAAAAAAUUACAGUAGCUAGAACGCAAUCGUACGCACAGUUCAACCCAAUGCAGAGUAUACUCCCCGUUAUCGACAUUAGGGACGGACGAAACCUUACUCAACGCAUACGCCCAAACCAGUUUGACAAUGGGUACGAUGGGCAAGAUGAAGUUAGUCAUUAUGGCUUAAUAGAAAAUCAAGAGAAAGAAAGAAGAAAGAAGCAGAAAAGAAAACAAAGAAACUCUCGCUACGAGCGAUGAAACAAAUGGGUUUUUACUGUUGUAAAUAGCCGUAGCUACAAGCUGAAGCACCGAUCGUUGUCCAUAUUGCUUCCUGGUUUUACUGGACAGCAGGCGUUUUGGAUUUUUGAAGGUGUUGUAAACCUUCAAAAUAAACUUAGUUAUCCUUAUCAUGGGAUAUAAUAAAACUUAGAAACAAUCAGAGUAAUUGCACGUUAAAAACCGAUAAAUUUUUAAUUGUUAUAUUUUCAUAAUAUCAAAGUUUUAUUUAGAGUCACCCAGUGCUCACAUGACACGCACAUGUGCCAAAAUUUAGGGACAUCCAUAUCGAAAAAAAUGUCUAUGUUAAUACCUUUUACCUUUCUUGGUAAUAAAGACAUAGAUAGGUUUAAAACCUUAAUGACUAUUCCGUUUCUCACUGACCUAGUAUUCUGGGGUCCGCAACGUUAUUUGUCACCAGGCCUCUAUUUUGAGCUAAAUCAGAUCGGGAUGCCUUGCCUGGUGGAUUUACUCGAAAGAAGUGUGGCAAUUCCUCUAUUAAUAAUUAUUUUCUGUCCGAAAUUUAGGGAAACUGGCAAUUCCUCUAUUAAUUAUUAUUUUCUGUCCGAAAUUUAGGGAAACUGCAAUGUCAUUUUAAGUGUCAUUUCAGUUCUCGAAAGACAUGGACUCCUCUCGAACCCUAUUUAUACAAUCCAGUAAACUUUAAAAAAAACAUACUAUGUAAUACAUUACUCAUUGGAAAAUACUCUGCAACACUAUUACAGAACGAUACCCCAAGGAGCAAAGGACUAUUUUACCCCAAAGCCAUUUAACAUAAGAAGGAAGAAUGGUUUCGUGAAGUUUAUACAUACAUAUAACUACAUACAAAGAUCCAAAAAAAUAUACAUUAUAAGAUGCUGGCAUUCUUAUAUUUGGUAGCAAAAUGUAGUGCUCCUAGCCAUGCCACAAAAAACUCCAGCAGGAACGACUCCAAAUGAAAAAACCACUGUGACUGAGCAUAAUCUGUUCCGCAACAAAAUCAUUUUUUUUCACUUCAAAUAUUUACUUGCAAAACCCAUUUGUAGAAAGUAUACACACCCUACACACAAGCAAUUCUAUGGAAUAUCCCAAGCACGUCAGAACUACUACUAUCGUUAUUCAAGUGAUGGAUUCAGCGGCUUUGUCUCAAAUUAUCGAUUCGGUAAUUCAGUAUAGUACAACUUUAGAAGAUUGUAUUAUAAUCUUUUGAAUAGCUUUUUGAAAGUUAAUGAGAAAUAUCAAACCA